AUGAAACACAAUUUUGAGCCCUUGCAGAACAAUUUACUGCUGCGCGCAGCUCGCGGCGAAGUUGUUGAACGCCCGCCAAUGUGGGUGAUGCGGCAGGGUAAGCAGCGCAAACCUUCCCUAUACAAAAUGCUGACUCUGAUUUGGUCUUCGAAAGCUGGCCGCUAUCUUCCCGAAUAUCAUGAAGAGAAGGCUGGUCGAGACUUUUUUGAAUGUUGCCGGGAUCCCGAGGUAGCCUCAAAUCUGACCCUUCAGCCAGUUGAUCGUUAUGCCGGCCUUAUCGACGCCGCCAUUAUAUUCUCCGACAUUUUAGUUAUCCCGCAAGCUAUGGGAAUGACAGUUGAAAUGGUAGACCAAAAGGGUCCGCAUUUUCCGCAGCCUCUGAAGACUCCCGAGGACGAGCAAUACAACAUGGUCUUGGAGCGCAACGUUGACGUCGCCAAGGAACUCAGCUACGUCUACAAAGCCAUCACGCUCACGCGUCAAAAACUCAAGGGCCGUGUGCCCUUGAUCGGCUUCUGCGGUGCACCGUGGACGCUGCUUUGCUACAUGGUUGAGGGUGGUGGUACUAAACUUUUUGCGCAGAGCAAGACGUGGAUCUACAAGUAUCCUGACGCGACCAAGAAGCUCUUGACCAAGAUCGCGGAUAUCUGUGUGGAACAUCUGGCUCUUCAGGUCGAAGCUGGUGCUCAACUCGUCAUGGUGUUUGACUCGUGGGCUGGUGAGCUCGGUCCCGAUUCAUUCAGCAAGUUCUCAGAGCCAUUCCUAGCGCAUAUCGCACAAAAGCUGCCAGUGAAGCUAAGAAGCCUCGAUCUUGAGCCUGUUCCUAUGACAGUGUUCCCCAAGGGCGCCUACCAUUCUCUGGACAAGGCUUGCAACAUGGGUUACAACGUUGUUGGCCUUGACUGGCUGCAUGAUCCUGUUGAGGCCGUAAAGAUCCGCGGCGACCGCAAUGUCGUCUUUCAAGGCAAUGCCGAUCCAGGUGUUUUGUAUGGCACGAAGGCAGCCAUUACUGAAGCUGUCCAGCGCACUGUGGAUGGGUUCUGGGCCGAAACAAAGAAGGGUUGGAUUGCCAACCUGGGACACGGCAUUACCCCUGGUGUCAAUCCCGAUAAUCUAAAACACUUUUUUGAAGAGAUACAUCGCCUGACCAAGGUCUGA